UGCCUCCUGUCUCUCUAUUCUUCUUUUUGUCGCCUUCUCUCGGAGAGAAGAGUGGGCGCUGGGAGGGCAGAGUGUAGGGACUGUAAGAGUUUUUCGCCGGCGGCUGCCGUAGUACUGCUUUAUAUUUCCAACGGUUCCAUUCUGGGUUUUCUUUCCUGUCGUAGGUUGCUUCGUUCCCACGGCGAAAAAGGGGAUUUGUCUUUUUCAUGAUACUCUGUAAGAUGUUUUGGUUAAUGCGAUUCUCUGGAUUCUUUUCAGCAGCAAUGGUGAUGAUUGUUCCAUCUCCUUCGUUCCAGUCAUUUCCAACGGCUGAAGCCAUUGGGUCAUCUCAACGCGACACCAAUCUCCGGUUACCUUCAUAUCAGCCGUCUACGUCUCCGCACCCACUUGAUGAUCUGUUCUCUUUUCGAAAGGCGUCGGAAUUUCGCAAUGCCGAGAAAUGUCGCUCCACUGGUCACGAAAUCACCGGCGUUUGCGACCCUUCUUUAGUCCACCUGGCCAUCACUCUCGAUGUGGAGUACCUCCGUGGCUCAAUCGCCGCCGUUCACUCCAUUCUUCAGCAUUCGUUGUGUCCGGAGAAUUUCUUCUUCCACUUCUUAGCGAAUCUGCUUGAACCCUGCGUACGGCGAGUGAUUUAUUUAGAUUCCGAUCUGGUCGUCGUUGACGACAUCACAAAACUCUGGAGCACCAGCCUUGGUUCAAGAACAAUCGGCGCGCCGGAAUAUUGCCACGCCAACUUCACGAAGUAUUUCACGGCGGGGUUCUGGUCGGGCGAACGGUUUUCCGGGACAUUCAGGGGAAGGAAGCCGUGUUAUUUCAACACGGGGGUGAUGGUGAUAGAUCUGGUGAAAUGGAGACGGGUCGGGUACACGAAGCGCAUCGAACGGUGGAUGGAAAUCCAGAAAAUGGAACGGAUCUACGAGCUGGGUUCGUUGCCGCCGUUGCUGUUGGUUUUUGCGGGACGAGUGGCGACCAUCGAGCAUAGAUGGAACCAACACGGGUUGGGCGGAGACAACGUGAGGGGAAGUUGUCGGGACUUGCAUCCCGGUCCUGUUAGCCUCUUACAUUGGUCCGGUGAAGGUAAACCAUGGGAUAGGCUCGACUCGAGACGGCCAUGCCCGCUCGACGCAUUAUGGGCGCCUUACGACUUGUACGGUCACGCACAUUGAAA